AUGCUUUUCUACAGCGGCGUCACGUCCCGCGUCGGAGACGUCGACUCCGGAAACACAGUCACCGACUUUCUCGAACUCGAGCGCGAGCGCGGCAUCACCAUCCAGUCGGCCGCCAUCACGUUUCCCUGGCCGCGCAAAGAACACUGCCCGCCCGGCACCGGCCCCAAGACCGUCAACCUGAUCGACACGCCCGGCCACCAGGACUUCCGGUUCGAGGUCGACCGCUGUCUGCCGAUCCUCGACGGCGCCGUCUGCAUCAUUGACUCGGUCAAGGGCGUCGAGGCGCACACGGAGCGCGUAUGGGGCUCGGCCCACGAGUUUCGCAUCCCGCGCAUCGUCUACUGCAACAAGCUGGACCGCGAGGGCGCGUCGUUCCGCAAGUCGGUGCUGGAGAUUGGCGGCCGGCUCAAGGGGUGGCCGCUCGUUUGCCAGAUCCCGUGGUGGGAGAAUGACCAGUUUGUCGGCGUCAUCGACAUUAUCGAUUCCGUCGGCUACCGACACAACGAUAAGAAGACGGUGAAAUAUGAGAAGGAUGAGCUGCUGAGGAAGCUCACGACUUCCAAUGCUGAGCUUGUGGAAGAGGUUGCAGUUGCGCGCCAGCACCUGAUUGAAGGUCUGGCUGAAUUCGACGAGGUUAUCAUGGACGAAUUCCUUGCCGAAAACACGGAUAUCCCCUCUUCGACAAUCAAGGAGGCCAUUCGCAGAGCAAUCCAGAGCGGCAAUGGUCGUGCUAUUCCUGUAUUUGCCGGUUCAAGCUUUCGUCACAUUGGAGUCGAGCCUCUGAUGGACGCCAUUGCCAGCUAUCUCCCAAACCCGUCUGACCGACCCGACGUAAGCGUGCGCAUAAGCGGUACAAACCAUAAACUAGGUGAAGCUCUCCAGGGUGGCUCAAAACAGGCCGGAGCAAAACAAAUUGCAUCGAUAUCAUCCGUGUUCAAGGUAUUUGAGCAUCCGAAGGAGGGUAUCAUCAGCUUCGUGCGAGUCUACCACGGUACCUUGGCACGGAGCGCAGCCACGUUCAACACCCACAUGGCAGUCAGUGAGAGCCCAAUGGGUAUUCUUCAAAUAUCCGCCGACAAGACGCAUGACGUUCAAGAACUAUCGGUUGGCCAAAUUGGCGCUCUUCGAGGAUUGAAACAGGCCCGGACUGGGGACACGUUGAUCACGACAACAAACAGCAAGGCCCCCCAUGCAGCGCUCCGUAGCCUGCAAGUCCGGCCGCCAGAGAUCCCUCCGCCCGUCGCGUUUCUACAGGUUGAGCCGUAUGGUACUGUGGCUGCGCGGCAGCUACAGGUGGCGCUGGAGAAUGCGUCGCGGCAAGACCCAAGUCUGCGAUGGAGCCGAGACCCCAAGACGGAGCAGUUCACCGUGCAGGGCAUGGGCAAGCUUCAUCUUGACGUUUCGCUAUACAACAUGAGGCAGAAGCACAAGAUCGACGCCGAAUUUGGGCCUAUCGAGGUCGACUACAAAGAGUGCCUCACAGUAGCCGCACAGCCGCAGAGGAUUGUGUUUGACAGGCCGGUAGCCAGCAAGGCUGGUAAAGUAACCUGCCUCGUGACUCUAGAGCCGCUGGAGGCUCACCACAGAGAAACACUACAGGAAUCAUGCGUUGAGCGAGACGGCAACAUGUUCAACAUUGUGAUACCUGACGAGAACGCGAUCGACUUCGACGUUGACGAGGCUCAGCAACAGCUUCUCAACGGUGCCAUUGCUGGUCUCGCUCGCGGCCCGCGCCGAGCAGCGCCGCUGCACGGGUGCCUUGCGACAGUCGAGCUCGACACAAGCGACGGCGCCUGCGCGUCGCCCACCGGCGGUCACUUUAGCUCGGCGGCCCGGGCGGGUGUGCAGAGCAGCCUACGCGACGCCUUCGACAAGGGGCAAGUCGGUGUCAUGGAGCCCAUCAUGCUGGCGCACAUUACGUGCCCCGAACAGGCGGCGGGCACGGUGCAGCAUGACAUUGCCUCGGGCGCCGGCGGGCAGGUGCUCGAGGUAAACGAUCGAUCGGCGGAAGCUGGCGGCGGCGGCGCUGCCGGUGCCGGCGAGGAGGAUCAGCCGAUCGACGUGAGCCGCAUAUACGCGCCACCGGACCCGUACGACUCGGUGACGUCGCUGCGCGGGAAGCGCUCGGCGGCGCGGAUGGUGGAGAUUGUGGCCAAGGUGCCGUACAAGGAGAUGCUCGACUACGACGACCAUCUGCGGAGCAAGACGUCGGGGCGGCACUCGAUGACCAUGGCCUUUGACUCGUUUGCUCGGGUGGUGGGACAUCGCGAGAAGGGCCUUUGA